AGGAGUCGCAGAAGCAGAAUUUUCUUUUGGUCAGUAAUUUUAAUACAGUUGUGAUAUUUUUAAUAAUAAAUUAGUUCCAUGUAAUCAUAAAUAUCAUAUCAAUUUUUCUGAGUUAAUUAUGCUUCGACUGCUUAUCUUGGUUUAUUACUUAAGCUUAAAUCCUAGUUUAGGUUUAAACAUUAACAAUGAAGUAGCACAAUCUGGUACCCCACCUCGGGAUGUGCAAGCACGAGCAUUAAGUUAUACCACAGUAGUGGUUGAUUGGGAGAGACCGGAACAACCUUUAGGCCAGAUAUCAGGAUACCGUGUUUAUUAUACUUCAAAUCCGUCCCAACCAAUAUCAUUUUGGGACUAUCUUGAUGUCGAUGAUAGUCAAUUGAUAACAAUUAGUGAACUUCAACGUGAAACUAUUUAUACCAUUCGUGUCUCUGCAAUAAUUCAAUCUCGCGGUGAAGGUCCGCUUUCACCACCAGUGCAAGUGAAAACAAAACAAGGUGUCCCAAAUCAGCCUUUAGGUUUACAAGCUGUUGCUCAGGGUCCCCACUCUAUCAAACUAACAUGGAAGAUGCCACCUAAUGCUGGUGAAAACAUAAUUGGUUAUGAAUUGUAUUGGAAUGAUACCUUU